AUGGCUUCCACACCAGUGAACGCGUCCGCUGUACCUCUCGAACUGCGCAAGUCGCGGUCAACUUCCCCUGUCAGAAAACGCGCUCGAGUUGGGGCUUCCGACGACGAGCUCGACGAGGUCAUCAAAGAGCUACAACCGUUCAAUGAUGGAGACCUCGCCCGAGACGACACAUACUAUUUCUCUGAUGGAAGCUGUGUUCUGCGAGUGGAAAACGUCCUAUUCAAUGUCCACCGAACAAUGAUCUCCCGGGGCUCGCCUGUUUUUGCAGCUAUGUUCAAACUCCCAGCCAGCUCCGACAAUCCUCUCGGGGUAGAGGGAACUUCCGAUGACAACCCAGUUCACCUUACAGGUGAUACCGUCACAGAGUUUAGGAAUUUCUUAUGGGCCCAUUAUGCGCUAUUUCCAGAAGCUAUGGACAUAGCUGAUCUGACCAAACUCAUGGAUAUCGCCCGUGUUUCCAACAAGUACUCCUUCCGGUCUCUUGAGAUUUGGGCUUUAGACGCUAUCAACAAUCACGUCGACUGCACACCAUCACCUCUUUUCUCAUCAGAUCCAUACGAGUUCUCUGCUGUUCAUUCCAACGUCUCCAUAACUCCGAGUGGCCAGCAGGUGACACGGCUCGUGACUCUGGCACAAACAUGUGGCGACGAGAGAUUACUGGACACCCUCACAGCCCUUCUCCGACAGCGUAUGUAUGCGUCUAUACAAUACGCAUAUCUCGCCAUGAGCCUAGCUGACCAACUGAACCUGCGUGAACUUCGAGGAGCCGCGUACAUGGAGGUGCUUCAAAAGGGUGCCAUUUUCCCUGCCUUGACUACAGGAGGUCCUACGGACAACGAGGACCGGGAAGAAGAGGGUGAUGAUGCCCUGGAUGAAAGCAGGCUCCUCGUAUCGAGAGAGCAACAGCUUCGCCUCCUGUCAGGGUUCUACCGACUAUCCAGCAUAUGGGAACAGCUGCGCAAACGUCCGCUCAAGUUUGACCAUACGCCUAGCUGUAGCGCAACUUGGCAUCAAAAUGGAUGCACGCAAAGUUGGCUGGACUUCUGGAAGGAGAAAACUCGCUGCGAGGUUGUGCUUCAGCUUGGUCUUGCCGAUGUUCCGGGUCGCCUGAAAGCCGUAGGCAAAGAAUUCGAUCGUUGGGGUACAGCCACAUACAUGCACCACGAUUGCAGAGUGAUUGCAAGGAAGAAGAUUCAGGAUAAGGUAAAGGAGAUCGAGAAUGCCUUGCCAGAAUACUUCACGGAGCAGCAGAGUGCAUAA